UGUUCCCUGAGGAUGCUAAAGUAGACACCACUGUUUGAGAUCACUUCCACCAGCCCAUACACCCAGGACAGGAACUACAUCAAGAAAGCAUUGGGAUCUUUUCAAUCUCUUGGAACUUAUUCCACUUCUUCACAUUUUCUGACCUCAAACGAUGGCCAAUGCAGGGAUACAGCUUCUGGGCUUCACGCUGGCCUUUUUGGGCUUCAUCGGCUCGAUAGCUUCCACAAUCAUGGUGGAGUGGAAAGCUUCAUCGUAUGCAGGAGACAACAUCAUCACAGCUCAGGCCAUGUAUGAAGGGCUGUGGAAGAGCUGUGUGUCACAGAGCACCGGGCAGGUUCAGUGCAAAGUGUACGAUUCCCUUCUCCAACUGCCAGGGAUUGUGCUGGGCACCCGAGGGCUGAUGAUGGCCUCCAUCAUCUUCAGCCUCAUUUCUCUCUUGGUGGACGUCGUGGGCAUGAGGUGCACCACCUGCAUGGCAGAACAACCGGAGCAGAAAGACAAAGUGGCUCUAGCUGGAGGGGUCCUCUUCAUUAUCGCUGGUCUGCUUGCUCUGGUGGGAGCGUCCUGGUAUGGACACAGAAUAGCCCAGGAGUUCUACAACCCAUUCACUCCCACUAAUUCCAGGUAUGAGUUUGGGAGUGCACUGUAUGUUGGAUGGGGAGCUGCCUGCCUCACCAUGAUAGGAGGGGGCUUCCUCUGCUGUAACUGCUCUGGGGGGGGUUCUGGGAAAGCUCCACGCCACCCAGCGUCCAGCUCCGCAGGUCAGCCGGGGCGGGACUACGUAUAGAACCAUCCCUCCACCCAGCCUCCACUCAAGGAACAACACUGGGCAUUGCCUUUAUGCUAUUUACAUUUUUUUUUAUAGUUUUAUGUUUUGCAGGUUUUCUAUUAGGUGUUUUAAAAAAAUAUCUUUGGGGAAAUACACUCAAUGUUUUGGCCGUCCAGAGACUUUUGGCAUUUGAACUAACAAUGAUCAUUAUUAUUUAACAUGACAACAACUUUUAACUAGUGUAAAUCUACUGAGGGUGUGACAGUUUUACUCAUGUGUUUUGUUUUGUUUGGAAUCUUGCCAUUAUUCUCCUUAUUGUGUAAAAUAAAGUCCUCAAUACUUUCGUACAAACAUACAAUUUUUAUGUUUGUAUAUUAUUCAGGUAUGUUUUUUGUGGUGAAACUUAACCGAAAGCUAAUGUUUUAAUCCUAUUUAAGCACAAAUCCAACAAUGUGUUAAUCUUGGUAUUAGAAAGCUGCAGCUGAUUCAGAACGCCGCUGCUCGAGUCCUCACUGACACUAAGAAAGUGGAUCACAUCACAC